CCUCGCAGAAGGUCCUCGGCGGGCGGCGGUAAUACUCCGGAGCGCUGUCCUCAACGGCGCCGCCACGCUAAUCGUGUCUUCGCGGCCCAGUCCUCGGCCCUGCCCGGGCGGGACAGGCACCCUCUCCUUCCUCUUGCCCCAUGGCGCUGCUCCGACGGCCGACGGUGUCCACUGACUUGGAGAAUAUUGCCACAGGCGUUAAUCUGAAAGCUAAGAGCCAUGUGACUGUUAGACGUGCAGCUUUAGAAGAAAUUGGGAACCGAGUGACCACCAGAGCGGCACAAGCAGCUAAGAAAGCUCAGAACACCAAAGUGCCCAUUCAACCCACCAAAGCGACCAAUGUCAACAAACAUCUGAAACCUACUGCCUCUGUGAAGCCAGUGCAGAUGGAAAUGUUGGCUCCAAAGGGGUCUUCUCCCCAGCCCGAGGAGGUCUCCAUGAAGGAGGAGAACCUCUGCCAAGCUUUCUCGGAUGCUUUGCUCUGCAAAAUCGAUGACAUUGACAACGAAGACUGGGAGAACCCUCAGCUCUGCAGUGACUACGUGAAGGACAUCUACCAGUACCUGCGGCAGCUGGAGGUUUUGCAAAGCAUCAAGCCACGUUUCUUGGAUGGGAGAGAUAUCAACGGGCGCAUGCGCGCCAUCCUGGUGGACUGGCUGGUGCAGGUGCACUCCAAGUUUAGGCUGCUGCAGGAAACGCUCUACAUGUGCGUGGCCAUCAUGGACCGGUUUCUACAGGUUCAGCCAGUGUGUCGGAAGAAGCUUCAACUGGUUGGAAUUACAGCUCUGCUCUUAGCUUCCAAGUACGAGGAGAUGUUUUCUCCAAAUAUUGAAGAUUUCGUGUACAUCACAGACAACGCUUACACCAGCUCCCAGAUCCGCGAAAUGGAGACCUUCAUCCUGAAAGAAUUGAAGUUUGAGUUGGGUCGACCCUUGCCCCUCCACUUCUUAAGACGGGCAUCAAAAGCCGGGGAGGUUGACGUGGAGCAGCACACUUUAGCGAAGUAUUUGAUGGAGCUGACUCUCCUGGACUACGACAUGGUGCAUUACCACCCUUCUAAGGUGGCAGCCGCGGCUUCCUGCUUGUCCCAGAAGGUGCUGGGCCAAGGAAAAUGGAAUUUAAAGCAGCAGUACUACACGGGCUACACGGAGCACGAAGUAUUAGAAGUCAUGCAGCACAUGGCCAAGAACGUGGUGAAAGUCAACGAGAACUUAACGAAAUUCAUCGCCAUCAAGAAUAAGUACUCCAGCAGCAAACUCCUGAAGAUCAGCACAAUCCCACAGCUGAACUCCAAGACCAUCAAAGAUCUGGCCGCCUCCCUCGUGGAAAGGUCCUAGGCCCCCGAGCCUUUACCCCUAUGCUUUUCCCUCCCUACAUUGGAACUCUUCAUUUUGUACAGUGUCCUAUGGUCUAUUUCACAAAAUCUCUUCUUCAGACUGAUUUUUUUCUAAAUUGUAUAUUGAGAAAAAUAAAGCUACUGAUCCUC